GGAUCUAGGGCAAUGGCCAGUGUUCAUGAUUUGGAGAUGGAGAGUAUGCACCCACGUAUGGAGAGAGAAAUGAAAGAAGAGUUGGAGGAGGAAAAGAACAUGAGAGACGAUGGAGGAGGUAAGCCUCUCUCCAAAGAUAGAAAGGUCCACAGGAUUGUGUCAAAAUGGAUGCUUCCUGAAAGUGCCCGAAGAUCAUACUUGGAUAGAGCCAACUGCUUCCCACCCCCUGUGUUCAUCAUCUCCAUCAGCAUUGCUGAGCUGGCAGUGUUCAUUUACUAUGCCGUGUGGAAGCCUCAGAAACAGUGGAUCACCUUGGAUACAGGCAUCUUGGAGAGUCCCUACAUCUACAGCCCUACCAAGAGGCAAGAAGCCUGGAGGUUUAUCUCCUACAUGCUGGUACAUGCUGGCGUUCAACACAUCGUGGGAAAUCUCAUUAUGCAGCUCGUUUUGGGUAUCCCCUUGGAAAUGGUGCACAAAGGCCAUCGAGUGGGGCUGGUAUACCUGGCAGGAGUGCUUGCAGGAUCUCUUGCCAGCUCCAUCUUUGAUCCACUCAAAUAUCUUGUGGGUGCUUCAGGAGGAGCCUAUGCUCUGAUGGGAGGCUAUUUCAUGAAUGCUCUGGUGAAUUUUCGAGAAAUGAUUCCUGCCCUCGGAAUUGCCAGACUACUGAUCAUCAUCCUAAUAAUUUCUCUGGAUAUAGGUUUUGCUCUCUACAGAAGGUUCUUUGUCUCUGCAAGCGGGUCAGCGGUGUCGUUUGCAGCUCACAUUGCGGGUGGAUUCGCUGGGAUGUCCAUAGGUUACACUGUGUUUAGCUGCUUUGAUAAGGCGCUGCUGAAGGAUCCCAGGUUUUGGAUAGCAAUUGCUGCUUAUUUAGCUUGUUUCAUGUUUGCUGUGUUUUUCAAUAUAUUCUUAUCACCUGCAAACUGA